AUGAUUAUGCAGAGGGAAGGCGAAGGCGAUGUAUUUCAAGGAACGGGGAUUGUGGAUACUUUUUACGCUUACUUGGAAUUUAGUUGUCGUAUUUCGUGCACGCAGGGCCGCGCGCUUCGAAUUGAUCCUGGAUGUUCAGCCCUAGCUGCGUGUGGCCAUAAAUUUAUUCUUCAAUUGACUGAUUCAGCUAUGUUCCAAGGCUGCCGUGAGACGAUCGAUACAGGUUGGUGGAACCGUUUGUCAGUGCCAGUGCCAGUGCUUGUGCUUACAUUUCCCCAGCGUGUUUUGUGGCACAAACCAAGAAGUCGACAUUUAAGCUUGUUUCCUAGUCGAGAUGGGCAUCAUCGAUCAUUGUACCAAAACAGGCCAGACGAGCCAUUUUCAGCCCCAAGCCCCGACUUUUUGCUCGUUUGCAGCCAUUGGAUGUUUACCGGUGGGUUGCUAAAGAAAAAGAAAAUUAGCAACAAAAUAGUCGUCAACUAUCGCCUUUUCAGAGACGCCACCAAUAUUCAUCAUCCCGCGCCAAUCGAAAAAUGCUUCGAAGAACAUCAAAAGAAAUGA